AUGAACGCUACGGACCUUCUCGCAAAUACCCUCUCUGCCGAUGCCAAUACGCGUCAAGAUGCCACUCAAAAACUCGAGACAGCCGCUCGAGACAGCUAUCCUGAAUACAUGCUGAUGCUCUCAUCCGUUCUUGUAAACGAGAAUACACCCCUACACGUGCGUAACGCUGCAGGUCUCGCUUUGAAGAAUGCCCUGUCCGCUCGGGAAAGCGCACGGCAGUCUGAGUUUACUCAUAGGUGGCUUUCUCUUAACACCGAUACCAAGGCCAAGAUCAAACAGGAUGCCCUUAUCACUCUCGGCUCCGCACAGCAGAAGGCUGGUAACUUCGCAUCUCAGGUCGUCGCUGCUAUUGCUGCUGUAGAGCUCCCCGAAGGACAAUGGCCCGAUCUAAUUGAAAUUCUCCUUGGCUUUGUGAAUACUCAGCCAAACGCAAACCUCAAGAUCGCAACACUGCAAACCAUCGGUUUCAUUUGCGAGGCCAUUAAACCGGAGAUUUUGAGCCUUCGUUCCAAUGAGAUACUCACGGCUGUCAUCCAUGGAGCACGCAAAGAAGAGCCUUCACCAGAGGUUCAGUUAGCUGCGAUUCAUGCAUUGUACAACUCCCUUGAGUUUAUCCGCGAGAACUUCGAGAGAGAGGGCGAGAGGAACUACAUCAUGCAAGUUGUUUGUGAGGCCACACAAAAUCAGUCGGUAGCCGUUCAGGUUGCUUCCUUUGAGUGCCUCGUCCGAAUCAUGGGUCUCUACUACGAUAAGAUGGCUUUGUACAUGGAGCAAGCACUCUUCGGCUUGACUGUUGUUGGGAUGAAGCACGCCGACGAGCGAGUUGCCCUCCAGGCUGUUGAGUUCUGGUCGACAGUUUGCGAGGAGGAGGUUGACUUGGCUAUCGAGGCUCAGGAGGCUCAGGAAUACGGUGAGACACCGGAGACGGAAUCACGAUAUUUUGCCAAGAUUGCCCUUCCUGAGAUUGUCCCCGUCCUUUUGCUCCUGCUCACUAAACAGGAAGAGGAUGCGGAUGAUGAUGAGUGGAACGUCUCCAUGGCUGCUGGUACCUGCCUCUCCCUUCUCGCCGGCGCUGUGCAGGAUGCCAUCGUGCCAGCUGUUAUUCCUUUCAUCGAGGCGCACAUCAAGUCGGAAGAUUGGCACAAUCGUGAAGCUGCUGUCAUGACGUUUGGUUCAAUCCUCGAAGGCCCAGAUCCUGCCGUCCUCACGCCCCUUGUCAACCAAGCCUUACCGCUACUUAUCAACAUGAUGACAGAUGGCAAUAUUCAUGUCAAGGACACGACUGCUUGGACUCUAGGGAGAAUUUGUGAUCUCCUAAUUUCAACAAUCAAGCCUGAUAUUCAUCUCCACCCACUUAUCUCGGCUUUGGUCAAUGGCCUCACAGACAGCCCCCGUAUUGUGGCCAACUGCUGCUGGGCGCUGAUGAAUCUCGCCGACCAACUUGGCACGUACUAUGAGGAUGACGGAGCAGAGGUUGCUCAGAGUGGACCUCUGUCGCGAUACUACGAGGGCGUUGUGCAAGCAUUGCUCCGUGUUACGGAGAGCGGCGGCAAUGAGGCCAAUUACAGAACGGCUGCAUACGAAGCCAUCACAUCUUACCUUACCCAGGCAACACCCGACGCUAUCACUGUUGUGCAGAGCACCGUGGUCACAAUUUUGCAGCGGAUGGAACAUCUUUUGAACAUGCAGAACCAAAUUCUCGGGGUUGAUGACCGGAAUAACUGGAACGAGUUGCAAAGCAACUUCUGCUCUGUUGUCAUCUGUGUCAUUCGCAAACUCAACAAUGGCAUUCAGCCUCUUGCCGACCGCAUCAUGACUCUCAUUCUCCAGCUCAUCCAAGCAGCGGGUAAGACGUCAACUGUUCUUGAGGAUGCCUUCCUCGUAGUUGGAUCCCUUGCUUCGGCACUUGAGACCAACUUUGCGCCGUAUAUCUCAGCAUUUUUGCCAUUCCUAUACCCCGCUCUCAAAGCCCAUGAAGACACUCAACUCUGCACGGUCGCGGUCGGCAUCAUCGGCGACAUCUCCCGUGCUCUCGGAGACCAAAGUGCCCAAUAUGCUGGUCCCUUCAUGACCGUGCUGUUGGAGAACCUGCAGAGCGAGGUGCUGAACCGGAACGUCAAGAUCUCCAUUCUAUCCUGCUUUGGCGACAUUGCUCUGGCUAUUGGUCCGGCUUUCGAGCCAUAUUUGGACACGACGAUGGGUGUGUUGCGACAAGCUGGCGGUGUUGAACCUAAUCCUCUUGACUACGACCUCGUGGAUUAUGUUAGCCAGCUUCGUGAGGGCAUUCUUGAAGCAUACACUGGCAUCGUUACAGGCCUGAAGAAGACUGAAAAAGCAUCUCUUCUACUUCCCCACUCUCAGCACAUUCUAGAGUUGAUCCACCGCUGUCUAAGCGACGAAGAACGAACGGACUCGGUGAUGAGGUUAUCUUAUGGUCUUCUUGGUGAUCUAGCCGAUUCGUUCCCCGAUGGACAGCUUAAACAGCUUCUGCUUUCUCAAUGGGUUGUUGCUGAGCUCCGAUCCAAACACCGUAUGCCCCCUGAGACAAAGAAGACCAUGCGCUGGGCUCGCGAGAUGGUGAAAAGCGCCACGCAGUAGAGGAGCCCCAAUUCCUUUCAUUUUCUUGAUUUCCCCAGAUCCUCUCGUUCAUUUCUCUCUCUUCCCAUUCUUCUGCCUCUCAAUCAUCGCAUGCAUGCAAUCUACACUUUUCAGUCUUAG